AUGACAGACUUCCUUGAACGGGCGAGGCACAUUCUGAAAAGCACCCCUUUAGUUGAUGGGCACAAUGAUUUCCCAAUUUUGGUUCGACAGCAGCUUCACAACAAGAUCUACGAGCAUGACUUUGAAUCGGAGAGACUCGGGAGUCACACAGAUUUUGAAAAGAUGAAGCGUGGACUUAUGGGGGGCCAAUUUUGGAGUGUUUUCAUACCCUGCCCGGAAGACCUUAUCCCAGGUGUUGACUUGUCGGCAAGACCAGAGGAUAAGUAUGUGCCAGGAAUUAAUGAGCCCACGUGGGCCGUCCGAGACACUCUAGAGCAAAUCGACCUCAUCAAGCGUUUCAUAGCAGAGUAUCCCAAGUACCUCCAGCUGUGCAUCGACCCUCGCUGCGUCCGAACAACGCACAAAGCAGGCAAAGUGGCAAGCAUGAUCGGUGUAGAAGGUGGCCACCAGACGGGGAAUUCUCUCGGCACUCUCCGCCUAUUUUAUGAACUGGGGGUCCGUUACAUGACCUUGACGCACAAUUGCGACAACGCAUUUGCGACGGCUGCGUCGACUCUCGCCAACACGGACAAAGAUGCGGGCCUCACCUCCUUUGGCACAGAACUUGUUCGCGAAAUGAACCGGCUGGGUAUGAUGGUCGAUCUCUCACAUGUUUCAUUCAACACGAUGCGCGAGGUUCUCCGGAUUGCCCGUGCCCCUGUCAUCUUCUCGCAUUCCGCAUCAUACACUGUCCAGCAUCACUGGCGAAAUGUGCCUGACGAUGUUCUGUUGAGUGUCAAAUCCAAUGGCGGCGUGGUCAUGGUCCCGGUGAUACCGUUUUUCCUGAACAUUGCGAACCCGGACCAAGGGACGGUGGAAGACGUCGUGGACCACAUUUUGCAUGUGGCUGAGGUCGCCGGAUGGGACCAUGUCGGUCUCGGAUCAGAUUUCGAUGGAACCGUGUACGUUGCAGAGGGAAUUGAGGACAUUUCGCAAUGGCCCAAUUUGAUCGCCCGUCUGCUCGCGAGAGGAGUCACAGAACAGCAGGCUCAGAAGCUUGUUGGAGAGAACAUUUUGAGGGUAUGGGAAGACAUUGAAAUGAUCGCGACCCAGCUUCGAAAAGUUCAGAAACCGAGUGAAGAGUCAUGGCACGGCCGUGUUUGGGAAGAGACAAACACGGAAGUGCCGCGAUUGUUUCCAAACUAG